UCCUCACGAGAUUACUUUAACGGUGAACUUCAUUGCUCCAAACCAGUCUAUUCUUAGCAUCUAAGCCGCGAAGACCUUAAUCAUGGGUCUCUUCAUCCAAGACACUUGGAUGGAAAUUUUCCUCCUCAUAACCACGUUCAUCGUAUUCGUGGUAAAUUAUUUCCACAAGACCUAUAACUACUGGACAAGAAAAGGCGUCCCUACCAUCAGACCCAAAUUCCCGUUAGGUAACACCAACAUUCUGUUUCCUCGAAGUUUUUCCGUCGGUACACUCAGCAAGAGAUUUUAUGAUGAGUUCAAACGACAAGGUCACAGGUUCGGGGGUGUUUAUUUGGUGACUGCUCCGAAUUUAGUGAUUGUGGAUCCAGAAUUGAUUAAAGACAUUAUGGGUAAAGAUUUCCAACAUUUUGUCGACCGCGGGUUUUACUACAAUAAAAAGGGCGAUCCGCUGAGUGCUCAUCUGUUUGCUAUUGAUGGAAUGGACUGGAAAAAUCUUAGGGUUAAACUCACCCCCACUUUCACUUCAGGAAAAAUGAAAAUGAUGUUCCAUUCGGUGAUCGAGUGUGUUAAUAACAUGAAGGAGGCUAUCGACAAGAGUGUGGGUGAAGAUAUAGAUAUUAAAGAGAUGCUGGGGAGAUUCACUACCGAUGUGAUCGGUUGCUGUGCUUUUGGUAUCGAAUGUAACAGCUUCAAGUAUCCGGAUGCAGAAUUUAGAGCAAUGGGGCACAAAAUUUUUCAGCCCGGCUUUCUUAAAUCAAUAAAAGCGUUUUUUGCUAUGAACCUGCCAAACCUGGCGUUACAACUAGGUGUCAAAACAACUAGCGAAGAUAUAGCUAAGUUCUUUAAAAAUAUUGUGGCAGGCACUGUUAAGUUGCGCAAGGAAAAAAAUAUCCGACGUAACGACUUUUUACAAAUUUUAAUGGACUUGGAAGAUUCGGCUAAUUUUACUAUUGGUGAAAUGGCGGCUCAGGUAUUUUUGUUCUUCAUUGCUGGAUUCGAAACGAGCUCCACGGCAAUGACUUUUGGUUUGUACGAGUUAGCACGAAAUCCUGACGUACAGAAGAAGUUAAGAGAAGAAAUCUGCCAAGUUUUAGAAAAAUACGACAAUAAAAUAAUUUAUGAAAGUUUGAACGAGAUGAAAUAUCUAGAACAAGUUUUGGACGAAACUUUGAGGAUGUAUCCACCUCUCCCAAAUCUAAAUCGUCGUUGCACUAAAAAUUAUACCCUUCGAGAUACAAAUGUGGUGGUUGAGGAAGGUACUUCUCUUCUUAUAUCCGCCUUGGGUUUGCACAUGGACCCAGAAUAUUACCCAGACCCGGAAAAAUUUGAUCCAGAAAGGUUCAAUGAAGAAAAUAAAAACGCGAGGCAUCCAUUUGUGCAUUUACCGUUCGGCGAUGGCCCCAGAAAUUGUAUAGGUUUACGAUUUGGAUUAAUGCAGUCGAAAAUUGGUAUAAUUACGGUCAUUAAAAACUUCCACCUAUCAGUCAGUCCAUUAACGAAACCUGUGGAGUUUAACCCUCGUACGUUUUUGUUAAGUUCUAAGAAUAAUGUCUAUCUGAAAGCAGAAAAAGUGUAGUUUGAGUAUUUUAAAUAGGAAAGUAUGUUUUCCUGUUUAUAUUGAAUUGUGAAAUAAUUAUGAAUUGUUUCACAUGUUCAAAACUGCUGAAUAAGUGUUUGUCAUUUUGUGAUGUUCUGUUUACACAUUACGCAAAUUGUUUAGAUGCAUUCGUAUUUGAUUAAAUAGAUUAUAACCUACCACGAUUUAAGGAGUCUAAAGUCGAAUUUUGGAAUGAUUUUUAUUUAUUUAAAUUUAUAACAAAAAUAAAUUAAUGAUAAUAGUUACUACAUCUUAGUGAUAAUUGUUACAUAUUUGUACGAGUAUAUUAUCUGGCUGGCUAAACAAAAUUACCUAUUGUUUUCGUUUAUUACAAACAUAUCAAUAAAAAUAAAACUUAACGCUGAAGCUACAAAAAAAAUUACUUGACCAUCACAUCGAUUUUUGUUUUUAGUGCUUAAAAGUUAAAUUAAAUUAAAAAGUGUAUAAAAGCAUUUGUCUUAGGCUAUUUAGUCAAGAAACGAACAAAUUUAGUUUCUCAGCUGGAUUAAUAAAUGCGAUUCUAUUUA